CCUCCUGUGGCUCUGUGAGGUUUCUGCAGUUUCCGUGGACCUCGGCGCCUGGCUGGGAACUUUCUUAGAACUGCUAACAGUUUGGCUGGCGGCACUGACUUUGCCCUAGUCACCGCCAGCUUCCCUCGCGCGGCUCGCACUGCGGCGGCGCUUCUUUCCCGCGCCUCCCCGGCCCUGGCCACCCCACGCGCGGACGCCGCGGUUGUGGAGCCCAGCAUGCCGUGGAACUUGACCGCGGAGCAGCUCUCGGCGCUGCUGCGGCUGCACAACCUGACUCGCGCACAGUUCAUCGCGCGCUAUGGGCUGCGGCCACUGGUGCUCACCCCGCAGCUGCCCGCACGCGCCAGGCUGGCCCUGCUGCUCACCGGCCUGCUCAUCUUUGCCCUGGCGCUCUUCGGCAACGCCCUGGUGGUCUACGUGGUGACCCGCAGCAAAGCCAUGCGCACCGUCACCAACAUCUUCAUCUGCUCCCUGGUGCUCAGCGACUUACUCAUCGUCUUCUUCUGCAUCCCGGUCACCAUGCUCCAGAACGUCUCGGACACCUGGCUGGGGGGUGCCUUCAUUUGCAAGAUGGUCCCGUUUGUCCAGUGCACUGCCAUUGUGACAGAAAUCCUCACUAUGACCUGCAUUGCCAUGGAAAGGCAUCAGGGACUUGUCCAUCCUUUUAAAAUGAAGCGGCAGUACACCAAUCAAAGGGCUUUCACAAUGCUAGGUGUGGUGUGGCUGGUGGCCAUCAUCAUAGGAUCACCCAUGUGGCAUGUGCAGCGACUUGAGGUUAAAUAUGACUUCCUGUAUGAGAAAGAACACAUCUGCUGCUUGGAGGAGUGGAGCAGCCCCAUGCACCAGAGAAUCUACACUACCUUCAUCCUUGUCAUCCUCUUCCUUCUGCCCCUCCUGCUGCUGCUCAUCCUCUAUGGUAAAAUCGGUUACGAGCUUUGGAUCAAGAAAAGAGUCGGGGAUGGCUCGGUGCUCCAAACUAUUCAUGGAAAAGAAAUGUUCAAAAUUGCCAGGAAGAAGAAGCGAGCUGUGAUCAUGAUGGUGACAGUGGUGGCUCUCUUUGCUGUGUGCUGGGCGCCUUUCCAUAUCGUUCACAUGAUGAUUGAAUACAGUAAUUUCGAAAAGGAAUAUGAUGAAGUCACAAUCAAGAUGAUUUUUGCCAUAGUGCAAAUAAUUGGAUUUUUCAACUCCAUCUGUAAUCCCAUUGUCUAUGCACUUAUGAAUGAAAACUUCAAAAAAAAUUUUGAGUCUGCAGUUUGCUGUUGCAUAGUAAAAGAAACGUUCUCUCCAGCAAGGAGGCAUGGAAGUUCAGGAGCUAUGGCUAUGCAGAGGAGAGCAAAGUUAGCUGGCAGAGAGAAUCCCGUAGAGACCAAAGGAGAAACAUUUGGAGACAGCAACGUCAAUGUCAAGUGGUGUGAACAGCCAGAGAAGAAGAAAAAAUCGCAAGUGGCAUCUUGUCCUCUUUAGUUCUGAAUUUCUGAGAACUCUGCUGUGGACAGGGACGUUAAUUGUUAACAGUAUCUUCAGAAUCAGUACCUGUCAUACUGUAAUGGAAAGAAAAUUAUUUUGAGAAAAAGUAGAGCUUUCAUAUUAAAAAUGUUGACGAGCACUUGAAAGGUUGAGGCAGGGGAAUCAGUUUAAAGUAAUCCUCAGCUGCAUAAUGAGUUUUAGGAUAACCUGGGGUACAAGAGACCCUGUCUCAGGAAGCCAAAAUAAUAACAACCAAACUUGCUAAUGAUGGUGACAAAACAUUUUUCCAUUGAAAAUACAUAAGAACUACAAUUUUGAAAACUUAUUGGGCCAUUAUUGUGAUUACUAGGUGUAGUUUUUUUGUUUUUUGUUUUUUUUUUACUUUUUAAACAUUUUUUGUUUUUAUUUUAUGUGUUAUGAGUGGCUUAUUUGCAUAUAUGUCUGUGUACCACAUGCAUGCCUGGGUGCCUACAGAGGCCAGAAGAGGGUAUCCAAUUUUCUGGAAAUGGAGUUACAGAUGGUUGUGAACUGCUACAUGGAUCCUGGGCAUCAAACCCAGGUCCCCUGGAAGAGCAACCAUCUCUCCUGCCCUAAAGUGGAGUUUUAAAAAUCUUGUAUAAAAUUCAAUAUUCUUGGCUAGUAACUUUUGUCUGUGUGGUCAAUGUGAUAUGACUUUCUAUGUAUUGCUAAAUUGAGUGAAAACAUCAACAAUGCAUCUUCUUCCUAGAAUACUAAUUUAGGAGUUGAGCAUCACACAUGACUGUUGAAGUUACACUAACUCUUUUGCAAAUGAAGCCUGUACCAAAGCCAGUAAGCCCAAGAAGAUGGAGAAGCAGCCAAGGGUACAGCUUAGCGAUCUAGAACAUGGACUGGAGUUUCUCACAGCCUGGGUGACCAUUUCUGUGGUGACUGGCAAGUCUCUUAUUGUUUUUUUUGUUUUGUUUUUUGUUUGUUUGUUUUGUUUUGUUUUUUUGUUUUUUGUCUCUUGUUUGUUCUUGUGUAAACUGAAGUUGAUACCUGCUCUGCUUCAUGAAGUCACUUUGGAAACUAGACACAAUUAGAAAAGUAUUUUGAAGAAUAAAGCAUUCUUGUCUUCUGAAGGAAUGUCCUGCUCAUGUCCCUACUUGCCCUCUUCCUGCUCUGAGUCUUGUCUUGACCCUGUCCAACUUGUCACUAAUACAUCCGCUUGGUUUCUCUACUCAAAAGAAUAGCUUGAGGAACCUCAUGUAUUGACGGAACAUACACACUAUACAUAUAUACAAAUACGCACAACUAUAUAGAUGCAUGUAUAGAUGGUUUAAAAUACAAAUAUUUGUAUUAUUAAACCAUUUAUUUUCACUAGUGAGAUGAAUAACCUUUCUUUAAUAAAGUGUAAUAGGAUGAUGAGGGUAUAACUAAACACUACCUGUGAAAUUCUGCUGUCUUGGGACUGCCCCUAAGAGAUGGGUCAGGAUACUCAAUAGACUUAUCGACCCAGAUUUCUUCCCUCAAACCCUCUCUUUGGUCUUCUAACUCCCACAUAUCACAGACUCAGAGGCCACCAUCAGAACAUAGCACCAUUUCCCUUCCAGCCUCUAAGAUUUUCAAAGCCUAAUCAUAGCCUUGUAGCCUAAAUGUUUCUUCUGCCUCCAGUUUCCAGUCUUGAUUCCUCUUCAGCUGCUAACAGAAAUGCCAAGAACACUGAGGCUGCUUUGCGGUUUAAGCUUUAAGACCUGGGAACCAAAAAACUCUGGCCACCAGCUCCUUGGUACAGACUGUUUGUGUAUCAGUGAAGCACGUGUAGAAAAGAUGAAGAUGAAAUAAUGUGUGGUAUUGGGGGAGGGGAAAUGCCAAUAUGACAGGGAAAUUAGCAAAUAAAAGAGAGGGAGGCUGGUUUAUGUGUUUGGGAUUGGAUUGUUUGGGUCCUGUUGUGAACUGUCUGCCUGUGUGUCUAGUUAUCCUGUUGCAAAGCAGCUGCUCAUUAAACACC